AUGAUCUAUUGUGAUGGUGCGUCUUUCGGAAAUCUAGGCCAAGCAGGUUCUGGUGUUGUUUUCCGUGGUGCAAACUCGGAAGUGCUUGGUGUUCUUUGUGUUGGUCUUGGUUGGAAAACCAAUUACUAUGCUGAAGUUUGUGCAAUUAUUUAUGGUGCGAUGUUGUCCAAGAGAUGGAAUAUGCGGAGUCUCUGCGUUCGUUCUAAUUCGAUGAGUUGUAUUCAAGCUUUUCAAAAGGGUGAACUGCCGUGGCAGCUGGUGCAGAAGUGGAAACUUGCGAAGUCUUUUUACAACAAUAUUCGUUAUAUUCAUAGCUAUAGAGAAGUUAAUUUUUCAGCUGAUGUCUCAGCUAAGCAAGCAUGUUUGCUGGCUGAGGAUUUAUUUGAGUUUUAUGAGGGUAGGCCAGGCUUUAUUCCGUCUGUGGAAUGA